GUUUCUUGGCUGGACAUGGAGUUGCCUGGCUUCCCCCCCAGUGCCCGGAGCUGCUCCCGCAGUCAGGCGUCCAGUGUUGGCAGCCUCGUGGGUCCGGGGCUGGUCGUCCUCCGUUCCUUUGAUCAGUUUGGUUAUUCCUGCCUGGACACACCCACGCCACGGCUUCCUGUCGGGUUUUCACAGCUGUUGACGGUUGCUGCCCUGGCCAGCCGGCUCCCAAUGGAGGACGGAGGCUCCCCCGAGAGCCCAGCUGUGUGGACCGCCUCCGAGCCCAGCGAGUCCCUGUCCUCGGCCCACAGACACCUGAGCAGAAGGAAUGGGCUUUCGAAGCUCUGCCAGAGCAGGAUGGGCCUCUCCGAAGACAGAUGGAAUUCCUACUGUUUGUCGUCACUGGCUGCCCAGAACAUCUGCACCAGCAAACUGCACUGCCUGGUGCCGCCAGAGCUGCCGGAACUGCCCCGGCCCCUGGGCAGCGUGUCCUGUUGCUCCCUGCUGCAGGGCUUGUCCUCAGGAUGGUCCACGCCCCUGCUCCCGACCCCUGUGUGCAACCCGAACAAGGCUGUGUUCACUGUGGACGCCACGACCACAGAGAUCCUGGUUGCCAACGACAAGGCUUGCCAGCUCCUGGGGCACAGCAGCCAUGACCUGAUCGGCCAGAAGCUCACGCAGUUCUUCCUGAAGCCCGAUUCCGACGUGGUGAAGGCCCUCAGCGAAGAGCACGUGGAGGCCGACGGCCAUGCCGCUGUCGUGUCCGGCACAGUGGUAGACGUGGUGAGCCGCAGCGGGGAGAAGACCCCGGUUUCCGUGUGGAUGAAGAGGGUGAGGCAGGAGCGCAGCCGCGUGGUCGUGCUGGAACCUGUGGAGCGGGUGUCCGCCUGGGUCGCUUUCCGGGGCGAUGGAACCAUAACGUCCUGUGACAGCCUGUUUGCUCUCCUGCACGGGUACGGGUCUGGGGAGGAGGCGCUCGGGCAGCACAUCGCAGACCUGAUCCCUUCUGUGCAGCUCCCUCCCCCCGGCGAACCUGUCCCACAGAAUCUCAAGAUUCAGAGGUCUGUUGGGAGAGCCAAGGAUGGUACCACCUUCCCCCUGAGCUUAAAACUGAAAUCUGAGUCCAGUAGCGAGGUGGUGGAAGACAGCAGUGCAGUCCCCGAGCUGGGUUACUCGGCAUCCAUCUGGGUGUUCUCCACCAUCAGCGGCCUCAUCACCCUCCUGCCCGACGGGACCAUCUACGGCAUCAACCACAGCUUUGCACUGAUGCUGUUCGGUUACGGGAAGACGGAGCUCCUGGGCAAGAAUAUCACUUUCCUGAUUCCCGGCUUCUACCAGUACAUGGGCCUUGCAUGUGACACUUCUUUACCUCUGCCAGACCUGGCCGACUGCUUGGACACUGGCAACCAGAGUGAGCCUGGGGAGACAAGGGUGGGCCCCCGGCAGAGCUGGAACCCGGCCAGCCAGGCCACGGAUCCAAGGGCUAACGGCACGCUUGCUGGAGACCACGUUCUGCCACGAGGGGAGAGCCUGGAGCCAGUGGGAAGCCAAGAAGCCUUCGCUGGGACCCAGGCCCAAGCAGACCCUGGAGGUGGCCUCCCUUCCUCCCUCCCGCGUCCGCCCUCUCCCGGAGUGGACAGCAUCCCAGAAGGAAACCCGCCAGCCCAGGAAUGGUCGUCACCCGAGGACCAGGGAGACAUCCCGGAAGGAAGCCCGCCAGCCCAGGAAUGGCCGUCACCCGAGGACCAGGGAGACAUCCCGGAAGGAAGCCCGCCAGCCCAGGAAUGGCCGUCACCCGAGGACCAGGGAGACAUCCCGGAAGGAAGCCCGCCAGCCCAGGAAUGGCCGUCACCCGAGGACCAGGGAGACAUCCCGGAAGGAAGCCCGCCAGCCCAGGAAUGGCCGUCACCCGAGGACCAGGGAGACAUCCCGGAAGGAAGCCCGCCAGCCCAGGAAUGGCCGUCACCCGAGGACCAGGGAGACAUCCCGGAAGGAAGCCCGCCAGCCCAGGAAUGGCCGUCACCCGAGGACCAGGGAGACAUCCCGGAAGGAAGCGCACCAGCCCAUAGCCAGCAGUCAUCAGCCGAGGACCAGCCAAAUACUCUCUUGGAGAAAGAGGAACCUGCAGCCCCAGAAAGCCUCAGACAGGACCUUGUGGGAAGAAGCGGGUCUCACCCAGUGGACACAUGGAUGUCUGCUUCCCGUGAAGGAUCUGAGGACAGGAGCAGGCACGCUGAAAUGUGUAGCCUGCCUGAGGCACAGUUGGAGUGGAUGAGCUCGAGCAGUGCCCGCAAUUCGAACCAUCGGGCUGAUACCAUCAUGCCCGAGCCCCAUGCCACAGGCCAGCUGGCAGGGGAGGGUCUCCUGAUACCCUGUCCUGGAUAUGGGGGUGAGCAGAGCACGCAGUCAGGAAGCCCCCCCAGGACAGCGCGACUCCCGUUCUCGAUGCCUGCGCUGGAUGAGCCGUGGGUGGCCGUGGAGAAUGACCGUGAGGAGCUACAAACUUGCUUAAUUAAGGAGCAGCUGUCCAAAUUGAGCCUCGUGGAACCACUGGGUGUCUCUUACACCAAGCUGGCCCCAGCAGAGCACCCCCAGUUCUCUGCCCCUGUGUCCUUGUGCGACCCAGGAAGCAGGGGCCUGUGCAGCCGAGUAGGCAGCUCCUCGGCCUACUAUGCUCUGGCCACAGACCUCCCUGGUGUGCUGGAUGCAGUGCAGGCCCAGGAGGCUGAUGGGAAUUCAUUUUCCUGGAACCUCAAGGAGCUCUUUUACAGUGAAUGGACAGAUCGAACUUCCUCCAACUGUUCCUGCACCGCGUCUGAGCUUGUGGGGACGCCGUCUCCUUCGCCGGCAGGCUCUGAUGUAGACAUGAGUGGUCUGCACCGGCGGAGAUCAGAUGUUCUGGAGGACCGAGAACUGUUGCUCCUGACUGGCACUUACUUCGAUCUUGGGGAGGCUCGGCAGUUUCGCGAGAGCCGUCUGGGGCCCGAUCAAGUAGAGCCCUCCAAGACGUGUCUGGUGUCCUCAGAAUACUAUGAAGUGAGUGGCAGAGAGAGCCCAGCCUGUGUCCUUCCCACGCCGGGGGCUGGCCCUGCAGAUGUGCGCCCGUCAGAGGAGCCCAGGCUGAGUUUCCAGGUCACCUCCACACCUGUGAGAGGGGACAGCCCGGCAACUUCUGGGGGCACCUGCGUGCAGCAGGAGAUCCAGGAGGGGACCUACACCGGCAGCUGCUACCACCGUGAUGGAGCCCAGCUGAGUGUGCAGUUUGAGGUGAAGCGGGUGGAGCUGCAAGGCUCCGCGACCCUGUUCUGCUGCUGGCUCGUGAAGGACCUGCUGCACAGUGGCCGGGACUCGGCCACGCGCACCCGUCUGCUCCUGGCCAGCCUGCCCAGCUCCAGCCACUCCGUGUGCGAGCUUUCCGGACCCAGCAUGGGGGAGAUGCUCAGAAGCAAGCCCUGGUGCGAGGAGCCCCCCAGGGCUGUGGAGCUGGAGGUGCCGGCAGCCUGGGAGGGCGCGUACUCCCACAAGUACAGCACGCUGAGCCCCCUGGGCAGUGGGGCCUUUGGCUUCGUCUGGACUGCGGUGGACAAGGAGGCCAACAAGGAGGUGGUGGUGAAGUUUAUUAAGAAGGAGAAGGUUUUGGAAGAUUGUUGGAUCGAGGAUCCCAAACUUGGAAGAGUUACUUUAGAGAUUGCAAUUCUGUCCAGGGUGGACCACGCCAAUAUCAUCAAGGUGUUGGACGUAUUUGAAAACCAAGGGUUCUUUCAGCUUGUGAUGGAGAAGCACGGCUCCGGCCUGGACCUCUUUGCAUUCAUUGACCGCCAUCCCAGCCUUGACGAGCCCCUGGCAAGUUACAUCUUCCGACAACUGGUAGUGGCGGUGGGAUACUUGCGCUCGAAGAGCAUCAUUCACCGGGACAUCAAGGACGAGAACAUCGUGAUCGCGGAGGACUUCACCAUCAAGCUGAUCGACUUCGGCUCCGCCGCCUACUUGGAGAAGGGCAGGCUGUUUCAUACGUUCUGUGGGACGAUCGAGUACUGCGCACCCGAAGUCCUCAUGGGAAACCCGUACAGGGGGCCAGAGCUGGAGAUGUGGUCACUGGGGGUCACGCUGUACACGCUGAUCUUUGAGGAGAACCCCUUCUGCGAGCUGGAGGAGACCAUGGAGGCCGUGAUCCACCCCCCGUACCUGGUGUCAGAAGAUCUCAUGAACCUCAUGUCUGGGCUGCUGCAGCCUGUCCCCGAGCAGCGCACCACCCUGGAGAAGCUGGUGACAGACCCCUGGGUGACACAGCCCGUGAAUCUUGCUAACUACACCUGGGAUGAGGUGUGUCGCAUGAACAAGCGAGAAAGCGGAGCUCUGUCCGGUGUGAGCCUGGAGGCUGAGAGCAGGUGCGCCAGGGAAGUGGCGUGAGCUCUGGAGCCCUGCGGGGCCUUGUGCCCCAGGGGAGGCCCCUGAUGAGCCGACUCCAGCUCCCUGCUGCUCUCUCGGGAGCAGGUUGUUUUCAGGCCCCAUCCAGUCAGAGAAACUAAAUUCUCAAUCAUUAGGCCCAAUUCACCUUCUAAAAAUUCCUAUGCAAGUUUGAGAAAUGCUAGAACAAAAGCCAGUGGUGCUACAAGAUUCUAGGGUUAUAAAUAGACUUGGAAUUCGUUUUUCACAUGACCUUAAAUAAGCAUGCUAGCGUUUGGUUGAAUUUUGUGCUAUGAAAGGGCUUUAAUCUUUCUGAUGUUGUAUAUAUGCAUGUAUUUGUUUCCUCUGACUUGACAUGUGCUCACCUGAUGUGUGGAGUUGGUAGAACUGGUUAGCCAGAGACCAGACUAUUUCAUUAACUUAUUUUUUGAACAUUUCCGAAUUAAAGCAAUUUUGUAGUGAGCCAUGAUCCGGACUUGGACUGACUGAAUUCUUCCAAGAUGCCAGCGUGGGGAGUGUUUCAUUGCUUUACUUUUGUU